AUGAGGGCGUCCAAGAUCAAGACCUUCGUUGUACCGUUUCCAGGAGCUUUGGCCGGCGCAGCAGUUCCAGACGGCACGGCGGUCACCGACCCAACGUACGCUCACUAUCAGUCUGAAGUUGAACAUGGAACCUCGACGAGCCCUUACGCCCCAUUUCUAUCCGAACUGGACUGGGGUGUGGCACGAUGGGCUAAGGCGCGAUGUGGUGCGGGCUCUACCGCGUUCAGCGAUCUCCUUGCUGUCGAAGGGGUAGCUCAGCGCCUUGCGCUUUCGUACAAGAACUCGCGCGAACUCAAUGCCAUCAUCGACAAACUGCCCACAGGUCGGCCGCGGUUCGUACGCGAGGAAAUCGUUGUAGCCGGCGAGGCGUUCGAGGUGUACUUCAGGGACAUCCUCGAAUGCAUUCGUGCUCUGCUCGGUGAUCCCGAGUUCGCACCCUUGCUCCUCCUCGUUCCAGAACAGCACUACACCGACGGGACUAAGACGAUGCAGGUCUACUUUGAUAUGAACACAGGCAAAUGGUGGUGGGCGACGCAGCGCGCACUCGAGGAGAAGAAGCCUGGCGCGACCGUGAUCCCCGUCAUCAUCUCCUCCGACAAGACGCAGCUCACCCUCAUCGGCAACAAGAGUGCCUACCCUGUGUACAUGACCCUCGGCAACCUGCCAAAGGAUAUCCGCUGCAAGCCGUCGCGUCGCGGUCAAAUACUCCUCGCAUAUCUCCCGACGAGUCGUCUUCUCCACAUAUCUAACAAGGCUGCGCGACGUCGUACGCUGGCAAAUCUGUUUCACGCCUGUAUGACCCGUGUGCUUGCCCCGCUUGCGACGGCGGGUAUCAGCGGCAUGCACUUCGCUAGCGGCGAUGGUGUGGUUCGCCGUGGUCAUCCUAUCUUGGCCACCUACGUCGGAGACUAUCCGGAGCAGUUGCUCGUCAUGGGUGGCAAGAACGGCGAGUGUCCGAAGUGCACCAUUGGGCGCAACGACCUCGGACGCACGGUGGACACCUCCCGACCAUUCCGUAACUUCGCGUUGAUACUCGACGCCCUCGCAGCACUGGAUGAGGGGCCUCUUGCGUUUACGAAGGCAUGCGCCGGAGUGGGGAUUAAACCAAUCCACCAUCCCUUCUGGCAGGACCUCCCGUACACGAACAUCUUCGCCAGCAUCACCCCAGACAUCUUGCAUCAGUUGUACCAAGGCGUCAUCAAGCACCUCAUCUCGUGGGUGCAGGAUGCCUACGGUGCCGAAGAGGUUGACGCUCGGUGCUCGCGCCUUCCCCCAAACCAUAGCCUGCGCCACUUUUCCAAGGGUAUCUCCAACCUCUCGCGCGUCACCGGCAAGGAGCAUCAGGACAUGUCGCGCAUUCUGCUUGGCCUGAUCAUCGGUCUGCCGCUUCCUGACGGUGUUUCGCCCUCUCGUCUCGUACGCGCCACUCGAGCACUGCUAGACUUCCUGUACUUUGCUCAGUACCCCACCCACACUUCGGCAACCCUCAAGUCUCUCGACGACGCUCUUGCGUCGUUCCACGCCAACAAGGUCAUCUUCCAGGAGCUAGGAAUUCGCGACCAUUUCAAGCUUCCUAAGCUCCACUCUCUAGAGCACUACCGCCGCUCGAUAGAGCUAUUCGGCACGACAGACAACUACGACACGCAGUAUUCAGAGCGUCUCCACAUCGACUUCGCGAAGGAUGCCUAUCGUGCGACCAAUCACAAGGAUGAGUUCGCGCAGAUGACCGUGUGGCUCGAGCGGAAGGAGAAGGUCGAUCGGCAUGAAAAGUACAUUCUAUGGCGCCUGUCCAACGCUGCAGCUACGCCGUCUCCCAUGUCUGUGGUCUGCGAAGUGCCGCUACGCAUCGUCAUGACACGGCAUCCUUCGGUCAAAGCGGUCACGUUCGAGAACCUAAUCUCUCAGUAUGGCGCCACAUUCUUUCGUGACGCCCUCGCGCGAUUUGUGGUUAUCCGGAAUCAGCCUACCCUGACUCCUGCGCAAGUCGAGCUGGCCUCGGGCUCGGUCUACUUCAAUUUUCGCGCCGUUCCUGUGUACCACAAGAUCAAGUUCGCGAUUGAAGACAUUCUGGGUCUUGGGACGUCCAGAGCAUCAAUCGAAGACGUCGCUCACGUUAGGCCAGCACGGAAGGGCAAGUACGACAUUGAUGUCGCCGCGCGGCAUGACACAGUGCUCGUGCGCGCUCCCAACGACGACGGGCGUGAUGUCAUUUGCUUUCGCGUUGCGCAGGUGCGCGUAGUAUUUCAGCUGCCAGAGAAGGCAAAGGAGCAGCUAUUCCCGCUCAUAGACCCGGGCUCUCGGCCACGCCAUCUCGCAUACGUCGAGUGGUUCGCGCCUUUCGGUGCUGCAGCUAACCCGCAUCCAGAUCAUGGACUUCACAGGGUCGCACGUUCCGUGCGUCAAGGUGCGCGUCUCGCUAGCGUUAUAGCAGUAGAUGAGAUCGAGCGUAGCUGUCACCUUUUCCCGGAGUUUGGAUCUGUAGCUGCUCGACAAUGGACAAGCGCCAACGUGUUGGAGGAGUGCCCGUCUUUCUUCCUAAACACUUUUGUAGACCGCUAUACCUACAUGCUCGUACACCGAUAG